UAACAAAUUAAUUGAUUAAAAAUGACUAAAGAUAUAAAAAGUAUGGAAAUUGAAGAAAAAAUUAAAAAGCCAGGAGGCUUUGGAGCAAGACAUUUCCAAUGUUUGUUAUUAUUUUUCGGGAUAACUAUUGCAUACACCAAUCGAUUGUGCUUGUCAUUGGCAAUUGUCGCGAUGAAAGGUGAUGAGACCACUCAUCAAAUAGACUCUGAUCAUGCCGGAAUUGUUUUGAGUUCUUUUUUUUGGGGCUACACGAUUAUGCAAAUACCAUCUGGAUAUUUAGCCAGAGAAUGGAGUGCUAAGCAAGUAUUAGGCUGGGGAGUUUUGAUUAAUGGAAUAUUAAGUUUACUUGUUCCAAUGGCAAAUGAUAAAGGGGGUUGGGAAGCUACUUGCGCUUGCCGAGUCAUCAUGGGCUUGAGUCAAGCUUGUCUUUUGCCUUGUGUACAUACGUUUUUAUCAAAGUGGGUGCCACCAUCUGAAAGAAGCCGAUUAGGUAGUAUUACGUAUGCAGGAGCACAAUUUGGUACUGCGAUAUCUUAUCCUAUUUCUGGAGUUUUGAUUCAGUACGCCGGUUGGCGAAGUGUAUUUUAUUUUUUCGGCGCAGCGGCUAUCUUAUGGUCGUCUAUAUUUUUUUUGUGCAGCUACGAUACACCGAUUUUGUUGCUCCAAUCAACCCGUCAAAUCUGCUGUAUUAAGAUAACCGAUACAGAGAAAAGGUUCAUUGAAGGUAAUCUUUUAAAGUCUACAGAAGAUAUAUCUGAAAAGGGAAAUAUUAAAGCACCUUGGAUUAGUAUUCUUACCUCUGUACCAUUCUGGGCGCUGGCGAUAGCUCACUGCGGACAAAACUGGGGAUUCUGGAUGUUGUUGACAGAGCUGCCAACUUAUAUGGCAAAUGUACUAAAGUUUGAUUUUAAAAAGAAUGGACUGAUAUCAGCAUUACCUUAUCUGGCUAUGCUACUGCUGACGGUCCCAGUGAGCUGGUUGAGUGACUGGAGUCAAAAAAAAGGAGUUUCACGGGGACGAGCAAGAAAAAUAAGCAACACAGUUGGUCACUGGGGUCCUGGGCUGGCUCUCCUGGCUCUCGCAUUUGUUCCAGAAGGUUACACUACUUUACCAGUAAUUAUAUUAAUUUUUGCGGUAGGUCUCAACGUUGGUACACUUUGUGGAUUCCAACUUAAUCACAUUGAUUUAAGCCCAAACUUUGCCGGGGUUCUUAUGUCCAUCACCAAUUGUUUAGCUUCGGUGGUUGCUAUUCUUGCUCCUAUUAUUGUCAGUUUCAUCGUUAAAAAUGAGAGUAAUGUACAGCAAUGGCACACAGUAUUUUAUAUAUCAGCAGCGAUCUACUUUUUGGGUAAUUUAAUAUUUAUAAUAUUCGGUAAAGGUGAAAUACAAAAAUGGGAUGAUCCUAAUUUUCAGAAUAAAAAUCAAGGAAAAAUUAUUUCAAAUUAA